CGGACCAUCACGAUGGGACCGAAUUCAACCUUGCGAUACACUCCAGCGAACGUGCGCGACAGCUGCACGGCGUACAUGCAGCAUCAAGCCAAGCAUGUGGCCAUCAACGAAGCCAACAUCUCUACGUUUGUCGCUGGUCUCGACCGCUCGCAGUUUGACAAGCUCGGCGAACCGAUUCGAUACCCGUUGUCGUUCAAGUCGGUCGACGAAGAAGUGAACUUCCUUGCGCUUGUGGAUCUCCUCAACUUUGGAAGCGGCUACCGCAAACUCCUGCACCAAUACUGCGAUCGGGGCGCGCACGAAACGAUGAUGUUUGGUGUGAUCGGCAUGUACAUCUCAUCUCCCCGCCUCGAUGCCAAGACCCUUCGCGGAUUAUCCUUGGACUCUGUGGCCAACUAUUUCUCGAUCCCGCUCGAUCGCGACGAAGAGCUGAGCACCGGUAUCUACAUCUCGAAACCGGGCCCGUUGAAACCUCUGGCUGAAGGCAUCCACCAAGUCUUGACUGAAACUGGCUCGUUGUGCUUGAAGCAUGGGUUCGAUGACCUGGGAGCAUUUGUCCUUGCGCAUGUUCAUGAGACUGCCGCCCCUUCCACGGACGAAGCGCUCCAUGUUGGUCCGUCGGCGGCGGCGCUGGUGGAUGCCCUAGCCGCGACCUUUCCUGGCUUUUGCGACGUCCACAAUGACGUGAUCAUUCUCAAAAAAGCGCAAUUGCUGGCGUCCAACUUGUACCGUCGAUUUGGGGCGUCGGACGUGCGAUUCGCGUUUCAAGACAUGGAGACGCUCACGGCUUGCAGUGACAACGUCCUGCCAUGUGUGUUGCAUGCGUUGGGCAUCCUCGAAUACACACCGGCGUUGGCCGCAGCGAUCGAGGACGGUCAAGUGCUUGUGCUUGGGAGCGACGAAGAAGUGGAAUUACGCGCAGGGGCAGUCGUGGCGUGCGAUAAGAUUUUGGCUGUGUUGCAAGAAGGAGACAUCCCCGAUGCAACCAUCCUGGCGCUGGACUCGUACAUGUGGCGCGUUGGAAAAGAGCCGCUGUAUCGCCCGUUGGAACGCCACGCUACGCAAGACACUGUGUUGUAUUAGUGUCGCGAGACCAUAAUGGUCAAAUGAAUUUUAUCCAAUGGCCUCGUAGUUUGUGUAAUUAUAACCAACGACCUUCCAUCCUGA